CGGCGCAUUUUGAGGCGCGAAAGACGACAGUCGCCGCGGGAAGUCAAAGAAGCUCAACGGACUCCUACAGCGCAAGGUUAAGUCAGCAAGUCAAAGUCAGAGAAACGAAUGGUCUGGCAGCACAUGGUGGAUUCGGAGGAGCUGAAACGCAUCCUAAGAUAGGAUCCUGCGCUUCGCAGCAUCUGGCUGGCGAAGUAUUGCUGCUACCAACCCUUGUCUAAGCAUACAGGAGGCGCUGCAAAAAAGAACCAGGAAACGCAACAAGCGUAAGUUGCCCCUGAUUAAGUUGCACCUGCAUCUAGUACAUAUUCAUAACAGGAGAUGGAAAAGUAUCUGGACAUGGUGAGGGGACCUGUAAUUCACCUGUCCCCUAACUAUUUCAAUCCCUGGCACUGCACGCACCCGUCCACACAUCAGGGUGGCAGAGCCCUCGUCAAGAUGAGCUUGACUGGCUCAAAGAGAAGCCCGCCCCUCGAAGAGCCGGCUCGAGCACGCGUAGAGGUAAGCCCAGGAUCUCCGGUGCCGCCCGUGUCGUUCCGGCGGCCCCGAGGAGAGGCGGAGGGGGAGGAGGAGGGAGGCGAAAGGAAUGAAGGAGAAGAAGGAGGAGGACCCAGGCAGGAGCAGGCGCAUGAGGUAGGGUACCGGGCACGAAGGGCCCAGCAAACAACGCCGGCGGCAAGCAUCAAAAAUCCGCCACUGUGGCUUGAGCACGUGGUGGUGUGGUGUCGCAAGGCCCUACAGAUGUGAGCGCUGCUAAUCGGAUUGUCAAAUCCUCAAGGGGCAGAUCACAAAUUGGCUGGAACUCCCAGACGCUCCGAUAGCUUGCAGCGCGGGUAUCCUGGAGGUCAAAGCAGCCCACACCGACCCCAACAUCCUCCGAGAGCAUUCCGAGAAAUGCUCAAGAAGGCUUAGACAACCUCGGCCCAGGAGGCUAACAACAUCACUGAAGCGCCGCCAGUGUUGUAGGAUUCUCGCACAC